AUGGGUUUGGAAUACCGACAAGGAGCCGGACAGUGGAGAGGAGGGAACGAGAGAGGAGGCAUACGGCAUUCCAGAAAAAAAGUGCAGAUUGUGGUCUGCCUGCUUUCUGUUGAGCUGUGUGAGCGCUUCACUCACUUAGGCAUCGUCUGCAACAUGAUUCUGUUUUGCACAAUGAAGCUGGGCUACGAGAACUACCAGGCCGCGAUGGUCAACCUGUGCUUUAUUGGUGCCAACACCCUGACUCCAGUCUUGAUGGGGUGGUUGGUAGAGUCUUGCAUGGGAAGGACUACGGUGGUUUAUAUCUGUGCACUCCUUCACUUCAUAGGUACGGUUAUGCUGCCCUUGGUCGCAUUCCCCUUUGAGGAUUUCUACGUUGGUACACACCAUAACAUCCACACUGACAGCCAGCAGGUUGUGCUCUUUUACGUUGCCCUCACAGCAGCGUCUUUGGGCUCGGGAGGAAUUCGUGCCAUUGUCUGCCCAUUCAGGGCUUAUCACCUCCAGGACUGCAGCCAGCACCAGCUUCUAACCUUCUUCAACUGGUUUCACUGGUUUGUGAGCUUGAACUCGGUCGUUGUGUUUGCGAGUAUUGCCUACCUUCAGCAGUCUAUUGCCAAAAACCUGGGCUAUCUCAUCCCAUUCGCUUCCAUACUGAUGACCCUGAUCACCAUUCAUAUGGUGCGGAGCAGACUCAUAUUCCGGCCCAAAUCAGGUGGCUCCCUGAUGGCAACUGUUGGUGUUUUAGUGAAUGCCCUGAAGAUGUGCUGUAUGAAGUACCGUCACAUCAGUGGAGAUGUGAACAGCUGGCUGGACAGAGCCAAGGAAAAUUAUGGUGGCUGGUACAGUGAGGCUCAUGUGAACAACGUCAAAUGCCUCAUCAGAUUAAUCCCACUCUUUGCCUUUCAGAUCCUGUAUAGAUUCUGCAUACUACAGAUUCCAUCGGCCUACUUCAUACAGACAAUGCAUUCCAACCUAAACCAGAGAGGAUUUCUUCUUCCAGUAGCAGCUUUGAACAUCGUGGGUCUCACUCCUGUACUGGUGCUUGCACCCCUCCUGGAAUACAUUGUGUCUUGCCUGGUGUCUGUUCAUAGAGACCCAAUGUCACCAUUGUCACAGAUCGUUAUUGGUCACCUGUGUGCAACUUUGUCCAUGGUGGUAGCAGGGAUAUCUGAGCUGCGCAGGAAGAACUUUCUCCUAAUGGAACAAGUGUUGUCUGGAAAGGUGCUGCUUGUAUCUUCGAUGCCUUGUCUUCAGCUCACCCCUCAGUACCUUUUGCUGGGAGUUGCUGAGGCACUGGUCAUGCCUGCCUAUACACUGAUUACAUUUAGACACUCCCCAAGGAGCAUUCAGGGAAUUGCAAUACAUUUCAUGACUCUCUUCAAUUGUAUGGGCUGCUUUGUCGGAGCAAUUAUAAUUCAAGGCAUCUACCAAAUAUCUGGCGGCAUUUGGUUCCCAAAUGAUCUGAGCGCUGGGAAUUUGGACAAAUACUUUUUCACUGUAGCUGCAUUCAUGCUUCUAAACCUUCUCGGCUUUUGGCGAAUCUCACACAGGUACAGAGACCUUCACCAAGAAGAGGACUGGUGUGUUAAAGGAAGUCUUGUCGAUAAACUAAUAGAGCAUGAAAAGUCCCUGAAAUUCUACGACAGUGUUCUGGAAAGUUCCUCCAUCUUCUAUCCUGUGGAGAUGGUUUUGUGA